AUGGCACCAUCUCUAAUAACUAACAACGAGCCUUCUGAUAUUCAAUAUACAGUAGAAAAAUUGGCAGCCUUAAAACCUAUUGGCUGGUCUAAAUCUACUAAACAACAAAUAUCUGGCUAUGACCCGGAAUGGGCUGAUAAAUUACCUGAGACCACGAAAGAAAGAUAUGCGAAAUAUGACAUCGACACUAGUAAGGGAUACCCAUAUAUACCAACAAGUGACAAAAUCCCGAAAUUUGUUGAUGAGGCGCAUGCUAUCAGAAACGAAGAGUUUCCAUUUAUUGAACGCGGCAAGAAUGCUGAUCCUGAGAAGAAAGCGUUGUUUGGUGCAGCCAAAGAUGUUAUCAACUUGACACCUUAUAUUGGUACUGAGAUUGUCGGCUUGCAAUUGGCGGAUCUUGACGAUAAACAAAAAGAUGAGUUGGCAUUGUUGAUUGCUGAAAGAGUCGUGGUUUUCUUUAAAGAUCAAGACUUGUCGCCACAGAAACAAUUGGAAUUGGGUCAUUACUGGGGACAAGUUGAAGUUCACCCACAAGCUGCUAGAAUAAGCCCAGAGUAUAAUGGCGUAACUGUGAUUUGGCAAGAAUACCAAAAUGACAGAACUGGUUUAGGAUUGAGUUUUCAAAAGUCCAAAAGGGGUAAUUCACAAUGGCAUAGUGACUUGGUACAUGAAUUUCAAACUGCCGGUAUUACUCAUUUACAUCAAGAUUCCACUCCCGAUGUUGGCGGUGAAACCAUUUGGAGUUCAACUUAUGGUGCCUAUGACAAAUUGUCGCCCUCUUUCAAGAAAUUUUUGGAUGGUAAAACUGCUAUUUACAAGAGCGCUCAUAUAUAUUUAGACCGGGAAAACCCAUUAAGAGGACCAAAACAUGUUGAAAGAGAACACCCAAUAGUGAGAACCCACCCUGCUACUGGUUGGAAAUACUUGUUUGUGAAUCGUUCAAUGACAGUUAGAAUUGUUGGUUUGUUACCAGAAGAGUCUGAUUUGAUUUUGAACUACUUGUACUCUGUAAUUGAAGAAAAUAGAGAUAUUCAAGUUACCUUCAAUUGGCAGAAACAAAUUCCUGGAUUAAAGUCGAAAAAUGAGGGUAAAAAGACCUAUAGAGGUACAUCAGCACUUUGGGACAACAGAAUUGCUAAUCAUAAUGUAAUUCAUACAAACGAAAGUAUUCAUGGUCGUCAUGGCACACGUGUUACUUCAUUAGCCGAUACAGGUUAUUAUGAUCCAAACUCAAAAAGCCAAAGAGAAUCUCUAGGCUUGGAAUUGGACUAG